AACAAAAAAAUUACAAACUUUUUACUAUUAGUGAGGUCUGGUUGUACAUGUAACAAGCGAGAAGUUACAAUUCGGGAAGUUGAGAGGAUGUGGAGUUAAUAUUUUCAUUAUGAAAUUAUUUAUAAGCCUCAUUCUUUGUUAGCAUGGGCCAAUAAUAUUAAAGAAAUGGAUAUCAUCAUCGAUUCAUCGGGUCAUUAUAUAUUAUAUCUAUACAGUUUUUAUAAUAUAAUUGUAAAAAUAUUUAACAACCGUACAUUGUAGGGAUUUAACCUGGUUAUCAUCGAGUCAUUCUUAGUUAGCAUGGGCCAAUUAAAGGAGUGGAUAGCAAGAGCUGGUUAGAGAGUCAUUAUCAUCAUCGACCUCCUUGCUUCCAUAAUCUCAGCUUAUAAAAACUCAGCAAAUUAAAUCCAACUUCAUUACUACACUAUCUAUAUUUCACUUUCUUUCCUAGGAGAAAGAAUUAAGAGUAUUUAAUAGUUCAUUAGAGUGUACGCUUAGUUAAUAAAGUUGGUGAUAAUGUGGAAGUUGAAGAUAGCAGAAGGCAAGGAUCCAUGGCUAGAGAGUCUAAACAACUUCACCGGUCGACAACACUGGGAGUUUGAUCCGGAGGCUGGAACAACCGAGGAACGGGCCGAGGUUGAGAGGGCAAGGAAGGAGUUCAAGGAGAACCGUUUCAACAUGAGGCAAAGUGCUGAUCUUCUAAUGAGAAUGGAGUUGAGAAAAGGAAAGGCAAAUGUAGAAAUGGCUAAAGGAGUGAAGUUGAAGGAAAGAGAGGUAAUAGGAGAGGAAGCAGUGACCAUAACACUGAAGAAGGCCAUCAACUUCUUUACCAGUAUUCAAGCCCAUGAUGGUCACUGGCCUUCUGAUAAUGCUGGCCCACUUUUUUUCAUGCCUCCCUUGGUAAGUCAUUUUUAUUUACGUAGUAAAAAAAAAAAAAUGGAUUUUUCUAUACAGUGCCCCUGAGGUAUUGACUUUUCUAAGUUGUGCCCACCCAUUUUCAAAAUUCUAUAUUGUACCCCCAAAGUAUCUUUAGUGUCUACGAUGUAACCCUGCCCUAAUCCUUCCGUUAACUUAAGUUAACUUUCCGUUAACUUAAAAAAAAAAAAAAAAAAAAACUGUAAACACCUCUCUCCUCCCUCACAACUACCCACCAGCCACCACUACACCUCCAGCCGCACCACCGCUGCACCUCCAGCCGCACCACCGCCGCACCCCCAGCCGCACCACCGAGCCGCGCUCCUCUCUCCUCGACCCACCACCGCGUGUCACCACCUAGUGCACCACCAAAGAAACUAUUGGACAAGGCAAUGGAGGAAUUCGAAUUCGAAGUGAAAUUUUGACAAAUUGGUUUAGGGCUUUUAUUUCAUUGGAUUCUAAUUGCAAAAUUAAGUUGUU